AUAUUAAAAAAAAAAAAAACACGCCGCCUUGGCUUCACCCAAACCUUCAAUUCCAACACCCAAUCCUCCUUCAGCUCACAUCUCAAGUGCAGUAAAGAAAAAAAUUCAUCACUUUUUUUUUGUUGUAAUUAUAUAUUCGCACAUACCUAAAUAUUCUCUAUCUGUAUAUCUCACUUUAUUAUUUAUUCUUUUUGAGCUUUGAAUCUAAAAGAAUUACCAUCUUUUAUCUUUAUGGAUCCAUUUGAUAUGGUUUGUUUCAUCACAGAGCUCCGUAAAGGGCUCGGCUGAUACAACGCCAAUAUUGGGACUCAUUUGCUGAAGUGAAAUUUUUUCUUCUGCAUGUAGAAACUCCUUUCCGUUUACCUGCUUAAAAACCAAAAUAGUAAAAAAAAAAAGGAAUAGAAUGAGCUUCUUGGGAAAAGGGGCUUCUACAAGUGACAAAAAGCUAACUGCUGCAAAAGUACCAUCUUUGAAUCCAAAUGCUGCAGAGUUUAUUCCUUUUUCUCUCAGAUCACCUGUUGGAGGCACAAGUAGAGUUGAUGAAGUGUCUAAAUUUGCCAUACCAUCAGUUUCAACACCAGGAAAAGCUGUACUUGAUCGAUCAGAGUCAUCUGUUCCAAAUGAUUCAGAUGAAGAGGCCCACCAAUACUGGGACCACCAGCUCCCUGACGACAUUACUCCUGACUUUAAGGUUAUGGAUGGAGAUGAUACUCAAGGGAUCAAUGGCUUAACCUUUUCAAGCUUAUCCUUGCAUGAUAUCAGUGAAAGCUCAAGAUUCUCUGCUUCAACUGGCAGUGGCUUUAUUUUAAAGGACGCUCAGGAAUUAUCUCCUCAUCCGGGAAAUGAUAACAACUAUGCUGAAAAGCUGAGAUUUCCCGCCUCGUAUGCAGACUAUCCAUCUCCUACAGGGUUUCAGCAUUCACUUCCUCAACCUUGGGAUAAGCAAAUUGUCAAUGACGAUCAGAUUCUUCGCAAUGUUAAUGAAGGGCCUCUAUAUAAUGGAAAUUCGUUUCAUGGCUUCCUAUCUGACAUGUCAAAUGAGCAGACAUUACUGGAAAAUACAGAUAUGAACCCUAUAGAUUUUUUGGCUUCACAAUUCCCUGGUUUUGCAGCAGAAAGCCUUGCAGAGGUGUAUUUUGCUAAUGGAGGUGACUUGAACCUGACAAUUGAGAUGCUUACUCAGCUUGAGCUUCAGGUUGAUGGAGGUUUCAAUCAGAAUCCAAAUUCAAAGGCCUUGUCGGUUCCAAAUCUUAGCGCAUUGGAUUUUCCUGCACUUUCAGGAACAGAAGGUCAAAAUGGCUUGCCAAAUUUUACUAAUGAUGAUCUCCAGCAACACAGUAGUCCUUAUCAGUCUUCAGGAAAGGAAAGCACACUUUUAUUUAGAUCUAGUUCUUCCAGAGGCGCUAUAGAUUUUGCUUCUGCCGUCAAGAAAAUGGCACCUCAAGACUCUAGCAUUUGGAAAUACGGUACAAAUGGUUCUUCAGGUACCAGCAUAGGAUCAAGUAGAAGUUCACAAAUGCCCAUGAGCUCUUACAACAGUGGCCAGGGGAGAGGCAUUUAUGGCGAUAGGUUGCAAAAUAGGGGAUCAGCUCGUCCAGCUCCUGCCUGGCUUGAAACUGGAGAAGCAGUUGCAAAUAUGUAUUCUGAAAUGCGGGAGGAAGCUCGUGAUCAUGCACGCCUACGUAACGUAUACUUUGAACAGGCACGACAGGCAUACCUCAUCGGUAAUAAGGCUUUAGCCAAGGAGUUGAGCAUUAAAGGGCAGUUGCACAACAUGAAAAUGAAGGCAGCUCACGGGAAGGCUCAGGAAUCUAUUUAUCGUCAAAGGAAUUCGGAGAUACAGGGAAACGGGAGAGAGAAAAUGAUUGAUCUGCAUGGUUUACAUGUGAGUGAAGCUAUCCAUGUCCUAAAGCGCGAGUUGUCUGUAAUAAGGAAUGCAGCAAGGUUGGCAAAUCAGCGCCUGCUGGUUUACAUAUGUGUUGGGACUGGCCACCACACCAGGGGUUCCCGUACUCCUGCUCGACUUCCUACUGCUGUUCAGCACUACCUGCUUGAGGAGGAGGGUCUCGACUUCUCUGAACCACAGCCAGGGCUCCUUCGAGUUGUUAUAUACUGAGUCAAGAUGGUAUAGGAGUUUUUGACACAUCAUAACCCAGGAAAUCGGUCAAUCAAUCACCAAAAAAAGGAAAAAGGAAAAUUUGUUGUAUCUGUAAAUGGGAAAAUCUGGAGUAGGACUACUCAGCACAAGAAAAAAGGUAGAACAAAAAUGAAGGAUGUUAAAAAAUGAAAGGGGGAAACAAUAAAAAAAAAAAAAGAAGAAGCAAGGGGGAGUUAGAAAUCUGUAUUGUUAAUGUUUAGCUGGCCGACUUCAAAAAUACACUUUUUAUGCUGCAUCGGCCUCUUUUUGUAAUUUUGUAACUUCAUUUUUUUUGCCUUUUGGUUUCAUUUUUUUAAAAUUUGCACAGAUGUAAAACUGAUAGAAUUCGUUUACAUAAGAUGGCUCAAAUUUCAUCCA